CAAACAUUUUAUUAUUAUUACUAGACAUACAUUCCAUGGAAACAGAUAAGCAUUGAUGAGUAACUGUUCGAAGUUGGUGUUCCCAGAAUAAAUAGCAGAAAAUGCAAAACUACACACUCUCUUGAGUUCUGUCCGAUUGCAUAACAUUGGUUGGUUGUUGUCACAAAAAUCUCUUGCCCUUUGGCCAUAAUCAAAAGCCAACACACUGUUCAUCAAGCUAAUCAUCAACCCAACCUUGCUUGGUUCCACUGCAAAAUUUCAGUUAUUCUUAUCUCCAUACAUUGGAUUGAAGUAGAUUCCUCGUUGGUGCUGUCAAGUUCAUUUGUAAAGAAUGAGUCAGCCUAAGAUCAAGCGCAGAGUUGGUAUAUACGAGGUGGGGAGGACAAUUGGUGAAGGUACAUUUGCAAAGGUGAAAUUUGCAAGGAACUCUGAGACAGGAGAACCUGUGGCUCUGAAAAUUCUUGACAAGGAGAAGGUGCUCAAGCACAAGAUGGCUGAGCAGAUCAGGAGAGAGGUGGCUACAAUGAAAUUAAUCAAGCAUCCAAAUGUUGUUCGAUUGUAUGAGGUGAUGGGAAGCAAGACAAAAAUAUACAUUGUUUUGGAGUUUGUGACUGGUGGGGAGCUCUUUGACAAAAUUGUAAACCAUGGACGUAUGAGUGAAAAUGAAGCACGUAGAUAUUUCCAACAGCUUAUAAAUGCUGUUGAUUAUUGCCACAGCAGGGGUGUCUACCACAGAGAUCUGAAGCCAGAGAAUUUGCUCUUAGAUACUUAUGGGAACCUUAAAGUUUCCGACUUUGGAUUGAGUGCCCUCUCCCAGCAAGUUAGGGAUGAUGGGCUUCUCCAUACUACAUGUGGGACACCAAACUAUGUUGCUCCAGAGGUCCUUAAUGAUAGAGGCUAUGAUGGGGCAACUGCAGAUUUGUGGUCAUGUGGGGUGAUUCUCUUUGUAUUGGUUGCGGGUUACUUACCUUUUGAUGACCCUAAUCUUAUGAACCUGUAUAAGAAAAUCUCAGCUGCUGAAUUUACUUGCCCCCCGUGGCUUUCUUUUAGUGCCAGGAAAUUGAUUACACGAAUCUUGGAUCCUGAUCCCACAACUCGUAUCACUAUACCUGAGAUUUUGGAUGAUGAAUGGUUCAAGAAAGAUUACAAGCCUCCAGUUUUUGAGGAGAAUGGGGAAAUCAACCUUGAUGACGUUGAAGCUGUCUUUAAAGAUUCUGAAGAGCACCAUGUGACAGAGAAGAAAGAAGAGCAGCCAACAUCCAUGAAUGCGUUUGAGUUAAUUUCCAUGUCCAAAGGGCUGAACCUUGAAAACUUGUUUGACACAGAGCAGGGGUUCAAAAGGGAAACAAGAUUCACAUCAAAAUCACCUGCAGAUGAGAUAAUCAACAAGAUUGAGGAAGCUGCAAAACCUCUUGGCUUUGAUGUGCAGAAGAAAAAUUACAAGAUGAGGCUUGCAAAUGUGAAAGCUGGAAGAAAAGGAAACCUUAAUGUUGCCACUGAGGUAUAUGAUUGUUAUUUGGUGAUGUGGAACACUAUUUGUCACAUUAUUGUACAGAAACUUAAAAGUGCUCAUCAUAAACAGAUAUUUCAAGUGGCACCUUCUCUUCACAUGGUUGAGGUACGGAAGGCAAAAGGAGACACAUUGGAGUUCCACAAGUUCUACAAGAAGCUUUCAACAAGCCUGGAUGAUGUUGUUUGGAAAACAGAAGAUGAUAUGCAAAUGAGAGAAACAAAUUGAUAUUGAUAUUAUUAUUAUUAUUAUUAUCAAGUGUAAUUUUCUUCAUUUCUGAAGUUCUACUAUUUUCCAAUUUCUUCAUUCUUAUUUCUUCUAAGGUUUCUUCCUGUAGGUUUGUUUGGACUUUCCAUAGUACUCAUAAUGUAUGUUGUACCAUGCUAUUAUUUUUGGAAAGCAUGCAGAGUUCAUGUAAGAAUUUUACUCAUCAACACUUUCACUUAUGUUCAUGAAACAAAAAUUGUAAGAAAAUUUGAAUAUUGUAUAUACCUAUCUAUUUAUCUUUCGUU